AUGUCUAAUUCAAUCAGAAAAUCAAAUCCUCAGCUCUCUGACAGCAUCUUUGAAAUGUUUUCAAUGAAAGGAAAAACCGUUAUAAUUACUGGUGCAAGUGGUGGAAUUGCUCAUGAAGUCGCUAGAGGACUCGCAGAAGCAGGUGCUGAUCUUUCUCUUUGGUAUCAUUCCAAUCCGGCUGCAUUAAAAUUGGCUGAAGAAUUAAAGCAGAAGUAUGGGGUCAAGUCAGAAGCCUAUAAGGUUGAUGUUAAAUCAUGGGAAGAAGUCAAAAUUGGAGUGGAUCAAACUAUCAAAGACUUUGGACAUCUAGACGUGAUGAUUAUUAAUGCUGGUAUCCCGGCAAAAGCUGGUGGAUUGGAUCAAACAUUGGACGAAUGGCAUGAUGUUGUUGAUACCGAUUUCAAUGGAGCUUAUUAUUGCGCCAGGGCUUCGGGAGAGGUCUUUCGUAAGCAAAGAAAAGGUAAUUUAAUUUUCACCGCAUCUAUGUCAGGUCACAUUGUCAACAUUCCCCAGCAACAGGCCUGCUACAAUGCAGCUAAGGCUGGGGUUAUCCACUUAGCCAAAUCUUUGGCCGUGGAAUGGGCUGAUUUUGCUAGGGUAAAUUCAGUAUCACCAGGCUAUAUAGACACUGCUAUAUCUGGAGACUGCCCAUUUGAUAUGAAAGAGGCCUGGUUCAAUAUGAUUCCAUUGGGGAGAGACGCAGACCCUCGCGAGUUAAAGGGAAUAUACUUAUAUUUAGCUAGUGAUGCAUCUACUUAUGCCACUGGAAGCGACUUCUUAGUUGAUGGGGGAUUCUGUUGCCCUUAA